UAGGUUCGAAAAAGUCGAAAUCCAAUCAGAAGUCCUAUAUACGAAGCCAUUCGGAAAUUGAUUUAACCGAAGACAAUCACUGGCAUCGAAAGUUCAAUAGCAUUUAUGAUAAUGCAUCGACUGAUGUUACUUUUGAUCUUACACGUACGAAAUCGAAUAUAAGACUUCAACUUUUGGCCCGUGUAGCUGAGUAUUGUUUACAAGAAAAUGUCCCCAAUAAUUCAAUACACAAAACGAAUGAAUGUCAAACGAGUCAAGCUAUCACUAGUUUAGCUGAUAAAUUGGUGUUUUUAUGUAGGCGUCUCCUGGUACCUUGUCAUUUUAUCGACUAUCCACCUAAAUUAAACAAGUUAACUAAACAAUUAAACGCUCAACAUUAUUAUGAAUAUACAGUUAUUCUGUUUAUUGGUAUUAAUCCUAUGAAAGACAUAUCAAUUGAUAAUGGUUAUAUAACAAUAAAAGCAACAGAUUUAACAAGAAAUUUAGCUAGACAAAAAGCUGCUCAAAAUGCAAUAAAAUGCUUAAAAAAAUUAAUUCAACAAUGACCAUUUCUAUCGGAUUCGAUAGUUUAUUAUAAUUAUUAAUAUGAUUGUUAUAUGC